UCAGCACCCAGCGCCCAGCUGCCCAAAAAUGGAUGUCGUCCCUCACCAGCUCAGUCAUAGCAUCGGCUAGCGGCCGUGCCAGCCACGGCAGGGAAAAGCUAUGUGCCUAGGCAGGGGAUGGGCCCCUGGCUCGCCCGAGCGACACGGACCAAGGCCAAGGGAGAGCCUGAGAGCCUGGCCUUGCAACUUGGUACCACAGCGCAGGCGCCUCGGCUAGGCUGAUACCUGCUGUGCAAGCACCUACCCAGGGCAGGUGGGGGAUUCAUCAGGGCGCAGGGGCAGGUCCGGAGUACCGAGUACCGCUGGCUCGCACGCAUUAUGUCAGCUUCCAGGACGGCGGUACAGGCGGUGCAGGGAGACAGAGACGGGCUUACAGCUACGUAUUGUGUAAGUCGCAGGAGCUUCAGACGACCUAUUCAGACGACCUGUUCAGACACCCCCGAGCCGGCGAGUCGGUCACUCUCGAAUUCUUACGAGGACAGCUGUCGCAAGAGUGCAGCCUGCGCUAGCAGCAGUCAUCAGGCCGACCAGAGUCACUUCCCCUUCUGUUGUCAAACAACUGGCAGCUUGCUGUCGGCUCAGAUUCACCUGUGGAAACGUGUCUCUGCGCCCCCAAACCGCCCAUGCCGAGCUCUCGCCCCGAAGAACACCACCGCUACCAGAGCAGUCAAUAGCUGCCACGAACCGUCAGUAUGGCAGCGCGUGGCGCCUCGUUGCGCGACAAGCAGAUCGCGUCGCUGAAAAAGAUAUUGAACCUGAACGAGGACGUCGAGGCCGGCGACCAUGACGACUCGCAGGCCAACGGCCUCGCAACCUCGCCAAUCGCUUGGAAGGUGCUUGUCUUUGAUGACCUAGGGCAAGAUGUCAUCAGCUCCGUCCUGAGGGUCAGUGAUCUCCGCAGUCUGGGGGUCACGAUACACCUGAAAAUAACGGCUCAGCGCGCGCCCAUCCCCGACGUGCCGGUCGUCUACUUGCUGGAGCCAAACGCGCAGAACCUCCAAAGGAUCACCGAAGACCUUCAGAAAGGACUAUAUACCCCGGCAUACAUAAACUUCCUCUCCUCGAUCCCCCGGCCGCUGCUCGAAGAUUUCGCGACUAUGACCGCCACGGCAGAAACAUCAGAGCAGAUUGCGCACGUCUAUGACCAAUACCUUAACUUCAUUGUUGCCGAGCCAGAUCUCUUCUCCCUGGGCAUGGAGAAGGACCACGUGUACUGGGCCCUGAACAGCGCGAAAACCAAGGACGAAGAGCUUGACCAUGUUGUUGACAAGAUUGUCAGUGGGCUGUUCUCCGUCAUCGUCACCAUGGGGGUCAUACCAAUCAUACGCGCCAGCCGGGGUGCCGCUGCCGAGAUGAUAGCCCAGAAGCUGGACCGGAAACUGCGUGACCACAUCUUGAAUUCGGGAUCCAAGGACGGUCUCUUCUCGAACCGGCCCAGCUCGUCUGCUGGCACUCCCACGUCACGGCCUGUCCUAGUCCUCCUGGACAGAAAUGUUGAUCUCACACCAAUGCUUUCACAUGGCUGGACUUACCAACACUUGGUACAUGACGUCCUUAACAUGAAGUUGAACCGUAUAACGAUCGAGACGCCCGUCGACGAGUCCAAACCCGAGAAGGGGGUGACGAAGAAAGCGUACGACCUGACGGCCAACGACUUCUUUUGGUCAAAGAACUCGGGUCUGCCAUUCCAAGAAGUGGCAGAAGACAUCGAUGCCGAACUCAACCGGUACAAGGAGGAAUCCGCCGCUAUCACAAAGAAGACCGGCAUUUCGGACCUCGAGAAUCUUGACAUGGACACCAGUGCUAGUGCCCAGCACCUCAAGGCCGCGCUUACGGUACUUCCAGAGCUCAGGGAGCGGAAGGCAGUCUUGGACAUGCACAUGAACAUCCUGGCGGCCAUCCUGAGUGCGAUCCAAAAGCGAGCUCUGAACGAAUACUACUCAACAGAGUCGAAUGUGAUGAAGCAGACGAAAGCGCAGGUACUGGACUUGAUCAAAGACAAGGAAAAGGGCGAGACCGCAUUGGACAAGUUGCGUCUCUUCAUCGUCUGGUUCCUCAGCACAGAAACAGACAUCGGCAGGGCAGACUGGCAGCAGUUUGAGGAAGCCCUCACGGCAGCAGGGGUAGACUGCACGUGCCUGCCGUACAUAAGACAAGUUCGUGCUACAACGAAGAUGACGCAGCUCACAACAAUGGAUUCCUCGACAGCACAGCAGCAGCCAUCUGCUUCCUCAGACCUCUUCAACCGCUUCUCAAAUAUAUCUUCGCGGCUCACAGACCGCCUCAAGGAGACAGGCGUACCAACAGGCGCCCUGUCGGCCAACUUCGAUUCGAUCGUCGGCGGGCUCAAGAAUUUUCUCCCCGCGAAUCAAGACCUUACCAUCACCAAAAUCGUUGAGUCCAUCAUGGACCCAUCCAGUGCCGCUUCGUCGGCCAUAGCCAAGACAGAGAACUACCUGUACUUCGAUCCACGCAGUGACCGCGCGAGGGGCACUUUGCCGCCGCCAUCAACUGUGCGAGCUGCAGGCGUCGCACCAGGCGCGAUGCCUGGCACCGCCAACCUCGGGCCGGGCUCGGGGGCGUCUUUUGGGCAACGGAGGCAGGGCUUCUCGGAGGCUGUCGUAUUCACAGUGGGCGGCGGAAGCAUGGACGAAUAUGGAAACUUGCAAGAAUGGAUAAAGCGUACGGCGGGCAGCGGGGACCGGACGAAGCGAAGAAUCGUGUACGGAAGCACGGAGCUUGUCAAUGCUGCCGACUUCAUCAAGGAGGAGUUGGAGAGGCUUGGCCGAGAAGUACAGUAGGCCCAGCCACAGGGUUGCUGUGGAAAGACCAAGGUCUUGGUAAGGGACACAGCCCAGCCCUCAAAAAUACAGCCUUAAGAUCUUAAUUCAAAGCCGUGUCACUUGUCCA